GCAAACGGGCGCUUAAGUUAAGAAGACUUUUAGUUACCGGGUUCUGCUGGUGCGCGAUAGGCCGUGCGUGCGAGCGAGCGAGAGUCGAUCUGUCUGUCGGUCGGUCGGACUUCGCCAGUUCCUGCUCCCCGCCCCUGUUCCCGGUGCCUGCUGCAGGAUAUCGAAUGGGAGGAAGACACUCGGGAGGAGCGGAAGAGGGAUGCUUGCUUGAGCUCACGACAAUGUUUUCACUAUGAGUUUGAGUUUCGAAUUUUCUGCAGAUGGCAGAAUCACUACGGUUGCACGGCCUCGACGUCGAUGAGGGACCAGAGUUUCAGCAUUUUGACAAUGUUGAAAAAGAAUGUUUAGCUUCCGGUUGCAUUUUUGAAAAAGCUCGGACAUCAACAGUAGGGUCUCUCGAAGGCCGCUAAAUUCGAUCGGCUUAAGAAAAGAAAAGAAAAGAAAAACGGUGGCUAAUAAGGAGUCAUGUUUUGCAGUGACAGCCCUGUUCAAGUCUCGUGUUUCCCCUCGUGUCUGAGUUACCUGCCAUAGGAAUAUCGAGGGAAGGGAGGAGGUGGGUCUCUCUCUUUCUCUCUCUCUCUCUCUCUUCCUCUUGCUCUUUUGAAUCCCCGUCACUGAAGGGUUUCAUCUUCUGCUAAUUCAAUUUACUUUCGGCUUUGGGGAAUGCGAGGAGGAUUAUGUCGUUGCCGUCCAAGAGGGGCUGAGAAGUAGAGUAAUAUGAUCUGGGAGUCAUGAACUCUUAGUUUUCCCAGUCACUUCUUCUGCUGCUGCUGCUGCCGUUCAUAUAGCCGCUGAGGCCUCUUGAAGAGGAUACGAAGAUUUGAGGACAACAGCUCAAAGUGAAACGUGAAAGUGAACGAGAUCAUAAUUUAUCGGACAAUUGGAACUAAGAUAAGUACUGUAUAUUACGUCAAAGGAAAACGACUUUGCAUCGGUGAUUAUUGGAUGUUUUAUUGUGUCGUAUCGUUGUGUAGACGUGGGAGAUUUUAUGAAAAUGAACGACUGACUCUUGGAGAGUAAAUUAACCUAUUGGAAAUUACGGGACUGACAAAAACUGCUGUAAAGUUGUGGGGUGUGUAUCUAUUUUUAUGAGCUUUGUUUACACUCAAGAUUUAUGUUAGUGUCGUGGACCAAAAUAAUAUGGAUAAGAUUCGAAACUUUAAGCACAGACUUAGCAUGUCUGUUGACAAACUGUCGACUUCUCGUCGAUCUAAAUCUCAGCAGAGGAAGAGCAUGCCAUUGGGCAAUGCCCCCUUCUCGGAGAGCGAUAUCCCUGGCACUCUAAGAUUGGAUAAAACCCCAUCUUCCCGCCCAACCAGUGCCACUGAAUUCAGCUUGGCACCAGGUUCACGGCCUAGUAGCUAUUGCGAAGCAGAUACUUUAGACAGUGCAUGCCUAGACUGGGUGGAUGGUGCAGUGGGCGAAGCGGCUGCUUGUGCAGCAGCUCCAGCUCCAGGGACUGCUGAUCUUGACACCACGCACGACACCAUAACUAAAGAGAUAAUCGAGAUGGAGGGCGGGGACGCACACACGGAGCCCAGGGAAGCGAUGCUGGCUCCCAGUCUUGGUGAUAAACAACUUAAGAGCACGCCAACAAAUGUUGGGAGUACGAGUUUGAUGGAUGAAGUCAUGAAAGAGGUGGAGAAAAUAACAGAUAUAACUGACAAUGUUCGAAGUAAGCGCUUGAAAAAGGUCGAUGGGAAUGUGGUGAAUGUAAGUGACAAGUUACCUUUGCUGGACACAUCUGAUGAAAGUGAGAGGCACCCUCAUGAUUCGUCUUUGCUUAAUACCAGUGAUGAGACCCUUGUUUUAUCAGCAGAUGAAACUCCUACAGAGACUACUAAAGUUGUGCUCCGAAAGGCCGUUGAGAGUUCCUCUACAACCCUCAGUAUAGCCUCGACCUGCAGAGCCGAGAGUCUUACUUCAGGUUAUUUCUCAGACUCUGAUAUUAUGCUCUCAGAAAAAGGUGACAAUUCAAAAUCAACAUUUACUUCUUUACUGUCGGAGACUGUUGAAAAAAGGAGAUCCGCAUUUAUCCCUGUAACUCCUGAGCAUAAGGAAACACAUCGGUUUUCAUUUCCAGCUGUUCCUAUGGAAGGAAGAAAUGAAACUGUUCAGGCAGACGGAGCACAUCCAGAAGUAGUAACUACAGCUUCUUCUACAUCGUCCUCUUUUAUGUCCUCAUCAGUUGGGCAACAAAUAAGGGAGGUUAGUGGAAAAGCACCAACAGAAGUCGCGUCGACUAAGAUGACGACUAGUAUUAUUGCAAGUGAAAAUACGAUGGUUGGGCCACAGGUUCCUAACCAAGAGGAAACCAAAACAGCGACAGUAUCAAAAAGGGAAAGUAUUUACAGUAGAAUUAUUAAGAAAAAGGAUCCAUCAAAAGAACCAAUAUAUGCAAAAGUUAAACCGAAGCUGAGUAUUGAAACGAGCUUUCAGCCCAUCGAGCCCAGUUCAGCCAAAGCAAAUUCCAGCACUUCUGGAGUAGUUAAGCCCGAACCAAAAUAUACCACAGUCAACCCAAGAGACCCUCAUGCUCCAUUUGUCCCUCAAAGUCCCACAAGUCCAACUUCUCCUCAUCUUUUACAAGGUUUUCCAUUUGCUUCAGCUCCUACCAGCCCAACCAGCCCUGAUCCUCCAAACCAAGUUAUUCCAGUUUCAAAGUAUGGCACACUUGGUCCCUUUUCCAAUCUCAGAUCCAAUGCAGAUUAUUCCCAAACCAAAGAUACAAAAUGCAAUACAUUGCCUAAGGAACCAAUUUACAGUAAGGUUCGCAAACUUGCCAGGCUGUCCAGCAAAGACUCAAAAGAACCAACUUACAGUAAAAUAAAACCCAAGGAACCCAUAUAUGCAAAACCGCUUCCCCUCACCCCUCGGGAAGAAGCUAUGCAGAAACGUGAGAGCUUUAUUACUGGCUGUGCCCCUGCAUCUGCAACCAUUGGUGCUGCUUCGACCGAUUGCUAUGGCAAAGUAACAGUGCGUGCCUCAGAAAUCUCACAAACUCAACCAAGUAGGCCAGCAGUGAUCACUAUUAACAAUCCAGGCUAUGCAGCCCCUACUGGAAUUGAUGGGGCUUCACCUCUUUCUCCUUCAUCACCUAUAUCACCAGUUUCACCUACUACAAUAGUCUGGCCAUCAGCUUCCUCCAAACCCACAAUGCCUACAUUGAGCUCUGCCACAUCAAAGUCAGUUACCCAGGCAACUGAGAUACACGAAACUGACAAACUUGGAGAAUUACCACAGCUUGUAGAAUCACCAGAACCUCGUCCUUUAGUGCAUCAGAAACUUCACUAGUCGAGAGCUCAGAUACUGAGUCAACAGGCCGUGCAAAAUUGAGUCAGCUUGUAGAAGAAUUAGCACAAGAACUAGAAGCAGUUAGUCGUCGAAUUGGGUCUAAUACUGCAACCAGUGAUGAAUCAAAAAAGGAAGUUUUGGCCAAACUCUUG